CUGCGGUCAGCGCGAUCGUAAACAGGGAAGUGCCGCAAGGUAUAAACCGUCGACGCUCGGUUUAACGGCACUGUGGAACUGUGGCACAAACGUGAGGAUGGACAAACGUGUGGCGGUAACGGUGCUCGUAGCUGCCGCUUUAGCUCAGGUGAGCUGCGGCUCCUUCGGGUGGAAGAAGGUCAGGAGCGCACAGGUUUCGGGUUUCGACUGGAAGAACUGCGGACCGCCUGAUGUUCCAGCUGUGCUGAAGACCCUCACCAUGUCUCCAGAUCCAAUCCCCAUCCCAGGUGAUCUGACAGCCUCCGCUUCUGGGUCCACGGCUGUUGAACUCAGCGCUCCUCUGUCUCUAAAUGUGACUCUGGAGAAGGAGGUGGCAGGUUUCUGGGUGAAGGUGCCCUGUCUGGAUGAGGUGGGCAGUUGUCACUAUCAGGACGCCUGCGAUAUUCUGAGCCAGCUGAUCCCGCCCGGCCAGGACUGUCCUGAACCGCUGCACACCUACGGCCUACCCUGCCACUGCCCCUUCAAAGCUGGCUCGUACACGUUGCCACAGUCAGACUUCUACCUGCCCAACGUCGAUCUGCCCUACUGGCUGACUAACGGGGACUACCGGAUUCAGGGGGUCCUCGGCAGUCAGGGCAAAGAGCUGGGCUGCCUCAAAAUCACGCUCUCCAUCCACUCAGACUGAGCCGUCAGCCGGAGCCUCGUGGUUUUAAAACUGGGAAAUGAAAAAAAGUUUUCACCAAUUAGGGAGGGGAGAUAAUCAGAAGAAACGACAACAAAAACAGGUUUUACGGGAUGAAAUGCGCAGAACAUGAGCUCCUGCUGGAAUGCACGAGAGCAGGCGCAGUGAUUCAGUGAAACAUUCUCUUUAGGAGUUACAGGUUUUCUCCACGUUAAGAUGCAUCCAAGCUGCUCUUCUUUCACUCUGUAUGAACACAAACUGCAUCACUGUAUGUGCUGGACCCCUUAUCGUGCUUUUUAACAAUUGAGAACGAAUCGAGAAUGAUUUUACAGGAGCUGAAAUUUUAUUAAAACUACUUUUAAUUGCUGGAAAAGCUACUGAAGUUCCUGGUGUUCAUCACCUUUUUAUAGUUUUCAUCUCCUGCAGUAACAGAAAAACUAAUUAGCAAAAAGGCAAAGCCUUUAUGUCUAAAUAUGACUUUAUUAUUAUCACAGUUAUGAAAUGACCUGCUCACAUGAAGGGAAAUGGAUUUAAACAUGGAUGACAGAGAUGCAUAAAUAUGCAUAAAUAAAUCCACAUGAAUGCUCUUAAUGAAUUGAUAGAAACCAAUCUCUUCUUUAGUUUUGCAUUAAGCUCCACUUGAGUCUAAACCUUCAGUUAUUCGAACAUUCCCACACUUCAGUCAGUCCCCAAAGGUCUGACUGGUUUCAUGUUUCCUGAGGAACUAAACCUGUCAGCAUUAACAUAAAGAAUAACCACUGGAGCGCUUGCUCCUGUAAUAAUAAAGACUGUAAGAUGAAGGGGAUGGCUGUCUGUUUAUGAUUUCUUCAUAAUUCAGCCUUCAGCGGUCCCCAUGACAAAACUUGGAACAAAAUGAUGUUGCAGCUCACUGAAUUUUAGUUCUACCGUCUAAAAUCCUGCUAACAUUUGUCUAAUUUAUUUCUUAUUUUUAAACAUUCUCUGUGCUUUUUUUUUUUUUUUUUUUUUUUUUUUUUGAUAAUGUCACGUGUCUUAUUUUAACUGGGAGCCAGUUUUGACUGUUCAGUUAUUGUGAAUGACCUGAUUAUUAUUAUUAUUAUUAUUAGUAUUAGUAUUAUUAUUGUUGUUAUCAUAACUUUUUUUUUUUUUUAAACUCUGUGUUGUUGCUAAGUGCCUGAUUCAUUCUUUCUUUGAUUCGUGUAAAUCAGAGUUCAGAUUUUUCUUGUGUGAUGAUCACAGAAAAAUGUUGCUGUUAUACAUUUAACUGAUUCAAUGCAGUUUUGAAUAAACUUUAUCACAUAA